AUUCCUUUCAAUGAGAGCAAAGUGUCCUGAAUCUGCUCCGAAGUAAACUCUCCUGUCCUGCCGUUUCCCAUGCACAGCGGCCAAUGAUCCUAAGAGAAAAGCUGCUUUAGGACUUAUUAGCACUUGCUCGCAGCUGAACCAUGGAAGUCUCUACUCUCACUGCGUACCAUUGCUUUGCUUUUGUCUGGUAUUUUUUUGUCAGCUAUUCAAUCACACUCGUAAGAGCAGAAGAGCGGCCAUCUGAAGUGUUCUCUUACGGUGGGCAGUGGAAAUAUUUGACAGUCCUCAAUCUGGUUUUGCAGGCUCUCUUCUAUGGGGUGUCCUUCCUGACUGAUGUGUUGAGACUAAUUAAGAAACUGCGAUGUGUUAAGUGCGUAAUUUCCAGCAGAGACCUUCUUUUCAGUGUCCUGGCUUUCCCAGUGUCCACAUUUGUGUGUGUAUCCUUUUGGGCACUGUAUACCUACAAUCGAGAGCUGGUUUACCCCAAAAGCCUUGAUGGAAUCAUUCCCCCAUGGUUAAAUCACGCUAUGCACACAGCUGUAUUGCCUUUUGCUCUCCUGGAAAUUUUUGCCACACCACAUCGUUACCCAACAAAGAAGAAGGGACUGAUCCUACUAGGAUUUACCUCUUUUGUUUAUAUCAGUUGGGUCCUGUGGAUUUACUCUGUAACAGGAGAGUGGGUGUAUCCUCUCUUUGCGUUGUUCAGCCCAGCUGGGCUAGCAGCCUUUUUUGCUGGUAGCCUUGCCAUCAUUGUCUGUUUCUACAGCUUUGGAGAGUUCCUCAACCGUAUGAUAUGGGGAGAUUCAAUAGUAAUACAGGACUACAAGCGCAAAGGCAAGUGAAGCCUCCUCUUCAGGCCAAACAAUCUCUCCAUGAACACUGAAGCCAUGAAGUAGAGGAAAAUAAAUGCAGCUGUGAUAAAUCCUUUCUCCAAUGCAUUGCAGCUUCUGGUGAAGCCAUUAUGUCAUCAGGCAUACGGAAAACUGGUGGAAAAUACGAAAUGUUUGCCUCGUACGUGAUAACUCUGCAACUGCUAUGAAUAAGAAAAUUGUGUUCAUCUGUUUACACAGAUUUCCCAUCUCUUGCACAAUAUACGUGAGGAUGUGUCCAUGGUUAAAACUUGUCACUGGUAAAAGAACUCCCUCAUGAGCUUGGCACCACUCUGUAAGAAGACCUGUGAAUGCAAGCCAGCUCUUGUUUGGAUUGCCCUUCAUCGAGUCUGGAAAAAAUUAAGAGGAGGGAUAAUUUUAACACUGCUGUGACUUCCAAGCUAGAUAGAUAACAAAUUGGGCUAACAAGGACUGUAAUUAGGAAUGUCUGCUCAGAAAGUUCACCAUGAAGCCAAAUUCUUCUAACAAGAAACAUUCUGGAAUAUUAACACACAUAAUAUUUUCCCCCCAUUUUUAAGAAGAAAUCUGAACAUAACACUUUCUUCCUUUUUCUUGGUUUCAGUUAAUCUUGCAGCAAAAAAAAUAACCUAAUUAUAGUGACUGUAUGAUUGCUUUGACAGAAAGCAUGUUAAUUUAAAGCUCUGUUUAACAUAAAGCUGCCUGCCAUAUAAUUACAUUCCAUUCACAUAUUUACUAAUCUUGUUCAAUAUAGUUGAUUUCUGUUAUUAGCCUCAACAUCUUGUUAACAUCUAAAACACCAGAGAUGUGCUUUA